AUGGGGGUUAAGGACAUCAAACAACAUGUACAAACAUGUACCAACCCAGUAUGCUGUAUUAGAUGUCAAGGAUUACAUGACGCAAAUGAUAUUAGAUGUCCAAUUAUUAAAUCGUAUCGAUCAACAUUAACCGAAUCUCUACUUCUAACAACUGCGGCACCGAAUCAUCAUCACCAACAUACACGUGCUGUUUAUCAUCAUAAUGCUACGGAUUAUCCAAUACUGAACGAAAGUUCAAACAAAAAUUGGAAUUAUACGAAUAAUACAUUGAUCAAUACAGGUAAACGGAUUGAUAAGUUAUUUACAAAAAUGAAACAUUUAGAUGAUAACAUGAAUGGAUUAAUGGAUCUAAACAACAAACAACUACAACAAAUCACAUUCAUGCAUCAGAUGACCACGAAACACGAACACCAACUACAGAUUCAACAAUCCGAUAUAACAUUCCAACACGAUUUUAUGAGUCAAUGUAUCUCGCCGAUAUGCCAACUGCUGGUAGACGUUAUACUGGUGCAGAUAAAACAAAAUACAAUUAAAGAUUAUACAUUGCUAUGUCCAUCAUUAAUGGCAGUGUGCAAAAAAUUCGCAACCGACUUACCAACAUGGACAAACAGAUUUGUCCAAAACAAAAAUCUCAAAAUGAAACUUAUCAACGAAUUUAAUAUGAAAAACCAGCUGUCUUCUGCACCCGUAUAA